AUGAGGACUAGCACCUUUACGACCACCACCUUUUCCCUCAUCUUUCUCCUUCUCAUCUCCCAAGCUCAAAGCCUAAUCCACAGCAUCUCCGCACCCACAAAAGUUCUCCACCCAGGUGAAAGGUUCAUCGUGACAUUCCACACAACCCCUUACAUCCAAAGCAACCAUCAAUUCUACGCUCUCUUCGGUAUAGGGUCCUUCCCAGCCCCUGCCGUAUCCUUCUUAGGACUUCCCAUUCCAGCCGUAGCUCCCGUUCCUGGUGCAGAUGGCGGAUUAGGGUUGCGUAACCUUUUCAGUGGACCUAGCGGGAAGGGGAAAGCGGGGAUCGAUAUUGGUGGUAUAGAUCUUUGGGAGGCGAAUUUAGGGAACGUUGGAAGUUUGAAGGGAUUCAACGUGACGUUGAGGUUACCUGUGGAUUUGAUUUUGGGUACGAAAAAUCGAGUGAAGAAGGUUGUGCUUCAAACCGGUGUGCUAGGAAUGGUGGGAGCAUCUGGGUUGACGACGCUGUCCUUCUUCAACACUACGAUCAACAUCAAGGCUCCCUAA